GUCUCAGCACAGAAGCUGUGCAUAAAUUAAAGCUUUCCCGUAUUUCAUGACUUGUAAAUUGCUGAAGUUUCAGCUGGAACUGAAUUUACAUCUGAAGGCUUUUAAGAGGAAAUUUACAGAGCAAGUCCUGUCUUGAACGUAAUGUAACUACAAGGCAUGGGGGACAGGGAGGCAAAAAGGAAGCGCUCUCUGUGGUUAUGUUUGCUCUCUUCCUUGAGAAACUGAAGACAGACUGUUUGAACUCCAAAACAGCUUUCAUAGAGGACUGAUUUAACUCUCUCACACAGAAACACAAACAGAUCGCACAGCCUUGUACAGGAAAGCCUUAAAAAGAGAGAGCAUACUCGCGUACCAUUUUUUGUUUUCAAAUAUUCCCUAAAGGGAGAUACUUAAUGCUGUAUAAUUAUGUCUGGAGGCACCGAAUUCUCGCUUGGAAAGCCGAUCAAAAGGCGACCGAGGAAAGCGCGUGCGUGUUUGCAAUUCUUUUCUGGGUCCAGAUUUUGCAUUUAUAAUAAAGCUGAACCGACAAAGCGUGAAAGCGGUCUAAAGGGGAGGACACGAAGGCAAGCAGCCCGGCUUUCAGAGCGCCAAGACUUAUCACAGUUCCUGAAGCUCGGCUUUCAGCGGUCCUCGCCACCGCACACACACAUACACACAUUUUUCGGUUGUGCUUCCCCGCCCCGCCCCACGCCGCCCCUCUAGAGUUGGCUGGGUAAGCCCCGCCCCUUUUCUUAAGUUCCUGCGGUUGUAAGUUGCAGUCGGCAGUCCAUCCAUGCCCUUUGCCCACCUUCUCUUCCCCUGUUUCAUUGCCAUUUCCGCGCGCCCCACGCCACCAAUCUCUAUUGGAUCUUUUGAGAAUCUUACCUUGCUGCUCGCCCCCUUGGCUGGGAGAAUUCCAGAGUGUGAAAAAGGUGAGAGUGCGCUCGAUUUACAUUUGCUCGUGCCUUCCUCUUCUUUUCGCUCCGCGGUCGUUUUCUGCCUCAUUGGAUGUUGUCGCCCUUUGAUGUGCACGUUUCUAUUGUCACGGAUCAAGGAGAAAGAGCUUUCAUUCCCCCCUCCCCCCGGAGAUUUUAACAUCAGUAAAUCUAUAAAGAAGAGUUUUUUUCUGAAAUAUAGAUGACUAAAAGUAACGGCGAAGACGCAAGAGUGGGCAACAGGAUGGAGCGUUUCCAGCAAGGAGUCCGGAAACGUACGAUCAUGGCGAAAAAGAAGGUACAGAGCAUCACAAAGGAAGAUGUCAAAAGUUACUUGCUGCGGAAUUUUUUUGUGAUGUUCACCAUCAUUGCCGUUAUUGUUGGUGUCAUCCUUGGAUUUUGUCUCCGGUCAUAUCACUUCAGCUACCGAGAAGUGAAGUACUUUUCCUUCCCUGGUGAACUCUUAAUGAGAAUGUUGCAGAUGCUGGUUUUGCCUCUCAUUGUAUCCAGCUUAGUAACAGGAGUUGCUGCCCUGGACAGUAAAGCAUCAGGGAAAAUGGGACUCCGAGCAGUCAUCUACUACAUGAGUACCACAAUCAUUGCUGUCCUGAUUGGAAUUAUCAUGGUGGUCAUCAUCCAUCCGGGGAAAGGGUCAAAGGAAAAAAUGCAUCGAGAAGGCAAGAUUGUGCAAGUCACAGCUGCAGAUGCCUUUCUGGACUUGAUCAGAAAUAUGUUUCCUCCAAAUCUGGUGGAAGCCUGCUUUAAACAGUUCAAAACAAACUAUGAGGAACGAACACCUAGUAUAACAGUUGAAUCAAACGAAACAUCUGUCCUUGCUGGCAUUAUACACAACGUGUCGGAAGCAAUGGCAAAUCUAACUCAAUUGAAAAAGGAGGUGAUCCCUGUUCCAGGGGCUGUAAAUGGAGUGAAUGCACUGGGACUGGUUGUAUUCUCAAUCAGCUUUGGAUUGGUAAUAGGGAACAUGAAGGAGCAAGGACGUGCAUUGAGAGACUUCUUUGAUAGCCUUAAUGAGGCUAUCAUGCGCCUCGUAGCACUAAUCAUGUGGUAUGCACCACUUGGUAUCUUGUUUUUGAUUGCUGGAAAAAUUGUUGAGAUGGAAGAUAUGGGUGUGAUUGGAGGACAGCUUGCCAUGUAUACUGUUACAGUUAUCAUUGGCUUGCUCAUCCAUGCUAUUGUAGUGCUCCCUUUACUCUACUUCUUAAUUACUCGGAAGAACCCUUGGGUCUUUAUUGGAGGAUUGCUGCAAGCUCUCAUCACUGCCCUGGGAACAUCUUCAAGUUCUGCCACCUUACCGAUCACAUUCAAAUGUUUGGAAGAGAAUAACGGAGUAGAUAAACGCAUUACAAGAUUUGUGCUCCCUGUGGGUGCAACGAUUAACAUGGAUGGUACAGCUUUGUAUGAGGCACUGGCUGCGAUUUUCAUUGCACAGGUUAAUAACAUGGACCUGAACUUUGGACAGAUUAUCACAAUCAGCAUCACAGCUACAGCAGCCAGCAUUGGUGCAGCAGGAAUUCCUCAGGCUGGCCUGGUCACUAUGGUGAUUGUAUUGACAUCUGUUGGUUUGCCUACAGACGAUAUCACCCUUAUCAUUGCAGUGGAUUGGUUUUUGGAUCGUCUGCGUACCACCACCAACGUUCUGGGAGACUCUAUCGGUGCAGGGAUUGUAGAACACUUAUCACGGCAUGAGCUGAGGAACAAGGAUGCUGAGAUGGGUAAUUCUGUGAUAGAGGAGAAUGAAAUGAAGAAGCCUUACCAGCUGAUCUCCCAAGAGAAUGAGAAUGAAAAGCCCUUAGACAGUGAAACCAAGAUGUAAGGUAGAGGAAUGAUACAAAGCAAUAGAUGUACAGAAAGUGUACACAUUCUCCAAUCCCUUCUGUAACUUGUCCAUUUGUUCCUCAUCAUUCUCUGUACGGGCAGAGCACUGAAAAUAUUUAGCGUUUAACUAGACAUCAUGAGAGGCAUGGGGUUAUAUCCAGUGGUGUUGCUCAGAUGUUAGUAAGGCUUCCGUCAGCGGGAAGAGAAGCACUUUUCAGCAACUCCCACACACCCCUGCAGCCCCACAUGCACCCCUAAACUUGCUCCAGAGAGUUGUGGGACCCUCCAGGGCAGCUUUAGAGAGCUGUAGGGGCUACAAAAGGAGGCCAAAUCAUUGAUCAUUGCUUCCUUCCUCAUUUUGCUGACGGAAGCUUUACUGUCAGAUUGGUGACAUCAUUGGAUAGAACCCAGGAAAUGGCCACAUGCAAGGUCUCUGUCUUUUUUUCCUUGUGCUUACAUCUAGCUAAGCACAGUAUGCAAUGUGAUGUCAUCACUGUGUGCGCACAGCCAAUAAUAUGAGGCAGGAGGAGGACAAUGCACAGCACAAUGACAUCAUUUCACAUGUUAUGUUUACCUAGCCAUAACACAAAGAAAAGGAAAGAGAAAUGGACAGGCUCACGCUUUGCAUAUAUUGGAACAUCUAGUUAAGUCCUCACUGGAAAAUAUUCCCUAUUAGCAAUAACUGUGGUAUAUGACUGGAUCCCAUACAAAAGAAGAAAUAGGAGGCAUCACAGUGUUGUGAUGUAAUGUGCUAUCGGGUGGAAAAUAUUGUGUAAUCAAGCUACCAAGAAUAUUCAAGGAUACACGUUUCAUAGUUCUGUAAAUGUGAUCUCACUUUAUAUAAGCUGAAAAAGCAAAGCAGACAAGAAAACUUGAAAAGGGUUUUAAUUGUUUAAAUGACUGUUAUACAUUCUUAACACCGAUAAGGCUGCAAUCCUAUACCCACUUACCUGGGAGUAAGUACCAUCCAGUAGGCAUGUAUGUGUAUUUUUACACUUGAUGCUAUUUCCCAGAGAAGUGAGUAGCAUGUUUUGAUUUCUGGUUUUAAAGAUAUUUCCUUAUUUUAUUGCUAUCAGAGCAGUAAAAGUAAGGAUACUGAUUUUUAAAGAAUUAAAUAUGUGGAUAAUACGUCCUGCAACUUGCUCUAGUUACCAUCUAAGCAAAAAGGACAUAUCAUAUUUUUCAUUUUUACCUAAUGGGACAUUUUAGGAUCAGGAAGAGCUUCCUGGUACCAUGCACCUUCAAGUCCCAUUGAAUUCCUAGGUCAUGAACCUGCAAAUAUGUCGGUGUAUGUGUAACAUUACUAUUCCUCUUUGGAUUAUGAUACUGCUACUUAACACAAGUACUGCUACCCAUGCACACUGUCUUUUUGGGAUCAGAGAUCUAAUUAAUAUACACAUGCACUUUGGAACAGAAACUGUGUCUUCAUCCCUUUAUUGCAAUGAGGGAUAUUAAACUGUUGAUACCACAUCAAUGUGGGCUUUUUAGAAGAGCUACUGGGCAUUUAUUUCCCUUUGGACAUAAUGAUCCAACCACUUACUUACUAUGAACAUUCCAUUAAUUUAACUAGAUCAGGCCUGCCCAAGUUGUGAUCCGCUAGACUGAAUGUAGCCCACUAGUAGAAUGGCCUGCCAGAAGUUCAAGAAACUUCCUGCUUUUGCUACAAGCCAGGGGUUGCAAAACCAAGGGGAUUGUCAAGCAUCAGCAUCUGACAGACCAGAAUAUACAGCUGAUGAGCUGCAUUCAGCUAAAGUCAUAAAUUGUGUAGGCCUGACCUAGAUCUGUAGCUGCACAGUAAGUUGAGUUUGGCAGGCAAUUUAGUGGGAGUAGGGAUCCUAACCGACACUUUAGAAAGGCAACUGUACACUUCAGACAUACCAGUUUUAUCCCCACUCAACUAUGAUAGCUUCUCCAGUAAAUCCUGGGGAUUGUACUUUAGUGGGGGCACUAAGAAUUCUGUUAAAGAUUCCUAGCCCCCCAUAUACACAUGUUCCCCAGAGAGACUAUUAAAAUAGCUGAAAUCUGUCACACAUCUGUAAUCUGUCUGUCUGUCAUCUCUCUUCUAACUGCUGUAAAACGUCUGUUAAAGUUGGUAGAUUGGCAUUCUAGAUAGUGGUUUUUGAACAUGUCUUUGUUGUAUUCUGAACCAUUUGUUUUCAGGGCAGGCAAUGUGAGUUCAAGCCACUGUUGCGCAGUUAAAAUGCCUGUCUGCCUUGAACCUUACCUAUCUAACUGGAAACACUUUGUGGCAGAGAUUUUCCAAUUGAAAGAAAAACUUAUAGACAAAAUGACAGAAAGCAGAAUGCACAUAGCUUCUGACAGGGUUCACAGUAAUAUUUCUGCUGUCAUAUUGGAAUGUCAGAGGACAGGAGAAUGCUUUCAAACAGAGUGAUUUUCCAAUUAAUUUGGUCAGUUUCAUUCUCUUGAUAAAGAAGAGAAAUUGUUACCAAAUGCUUUUUUCCCACCAACCUUGGGGUUACAAGAGAAUAUUUUUUUCCACUCCACUGCCAGCUUCUCCAUACUAGCAACAUCUCCAACACAAGGAGAGUAAUCUUUUAGAAUAGUGGAACUAAUGUGGUGCUCAUUUGCUUUUACUAGGAAAAAGAAUAUAUAAAUGGUAGAAUAGUAAAUACAUUGAAUAAAUAUUGAAAAUAUAAGAGAGGAUUUUUAAAAAAGCAAUAUUAUAAGUCUUCUUCAGGGGAUAUGGGGCAGGGCAGAUUUAAAACACUCAGAUGAGAUCCAUAUAUUUUUGUUUUUCCUCUUCUUACUUUACUCCCUGAUGAAGUCCAUUUAUAAAAAAGAAAAGAAUGAUUUUUAUAUAUUUUACAUGCAUUGUCAUAGGAGUCAAACAGGAAAGGUUUAUGGAAGCAAAACAGUUAGAGAUGGAAUGUUGUAGUGCAGAUAUACACACUGCAUAGUCUACUGGGAAAAUGUUAAUAGUAUUUCUGUGAGAUAGGUACAAUAUAUUUCUUGUGUUACAG